GCCGCGACGUCAGUUUAUGGCGGGCAUUGUAGCUGUAGGCUCGAAUAAGAAGGCUGUAGGCGAUCCAGGAAGAAGCGUCCUGGUGCUCAUCUUGGACACAAGGAGCAAAGCUCGAACAACCCGAGCCGGAGCUACAGCGUAAACACCAGUUUGGAGGAAACCCCCACAGUAAUGUCAUAUGUUAGAGAGACUGAUCGAUGGAGCGUCUCAGACGCCGGUCCACCGAUGAGCAAGCGCCCCGGCAAGAGGGCACCACUCGCCACAACAACGGAGACCAACAGCGGACCAAUGAGGGGUCCGACUUGGUGGAUUCGCAAUGCGGCGACGAAAGGGGCAUAAGGAGGGAAAUAAGGUGCAAGUACAGAGACCUCAUUGAUGCAGUUCACCGAAAUAGAGAAGAUUUGCUGAGUCCUUCCAAUAACAAACUCACAGAAGUUUUGGAAGAGGCAGACAAACUGUUUGUAAAUGUGCGACAGACAAGCGAAGCGGUGCUGGAUUCUAAGUUCGUUGCUGUGGCCACAGACCUGAACAACGAGAGAGCCAGCCUGAUGCGAGAUGAGGACAGUUCUUUUGACUUCACUGUAUUUGCUGAGCACCUUCUCUCCUUCAUGGGUCUCAACCGGCUGGAAACUGGGAAGGAGGAGCAGAGAGAUCAAGUCAGUGGGUACCUGCCCAGCGAUGCCUGGCAAAGACUGGCCAGGGGAGCUGAGAACUGUUUUAGGACAGCGCCGACCUUCCACUACAUGUUGGGUUCCUUCCAUGCUGAGCCGCCCCCUCCAAAGCAAAAGAUGGCACGACAAAGGAAACCCCCCAGCAAGGAAGCAAAAAGGAUCAUGCCCACUCAGCUGAAAAAGCUGGAAGAGGUCGAACAAGAAGCCACCGAGAAAGAGGUGGAGAGGAUCCUCGGCUGGCUGAAGGGUUAUCAUCAAAAGGACCCGUUGUCGCCGAUCCCGUAUUACGAGUUUGUUAUUGACCCCGACUCCUUUUCACGGACAAUAGAGAACAUUUUCCACACGUCUUUCCUUGUCAGGGAUGGUUUGGCACAAAUUGGUUUGGAUCGAGACAAGUUGCCUUAUAUAGCUCCUGUGGAGGAGGAGGCGAUGGAGAUAGAUGCUGGAGGAUCGGACAACCGUAAUGCGUGUAUCGUUUCAAUGAGCCCAAAGAUGUGGAAGGAGUUCAUUGAUGCCUUAGACAUCAGGGGCCCCAUGAUUCCGCCUCGAAGCACGGAUAAUUAGUGAUGGAACAAACAUUGUAUCACAAGGGACUCAACAUUGUUGUUGUUUUUUUUUCCCUAAUUUGUUGGAAUUAAGAUGUGUUUUUGAUGUCAUUUUGUUUUUUUUCAGUACAAUAAUAAAAGUAGGAAAAUGACACCGGCUCAGUUUUAAUUCAUCAAGAGUGUAUGCUAGACUUGACUGUUUGGAUCCACCAACCUAAUAAAUAGAUGCGCUAUAAUACUAAAAGAUGCACAGUAUAUAAAUAGACUUAAAAGGCUAGUUUAUCAGUUUGCGCAUUCCCUCAACUCUAGUGUCUGACUGCCUCGGGCACAGGGAUGACCCUGCACCUUAUUCUGGACCUUCAGGCCACACUGGAAUGAUGACUUAUUUUAUUUUUGUAUUUAUGAAAAAUACAAUAAAUAAAGUUUUAUUAAAAUAA